AUGCGACGGUUAUUUGCAAGGAUAUUGAGAAGCUCUUCAUCUUCAACUACGUUCUUCCGCCGACCGAAUUGCACUCUGGCCACCCGAUCGGUGAAUUCGAGUAAUCGAAAUCUCAAAGAAGAAGGACAAGUCAUCCCGGGGAAGUUCACCAAAUGGGCGUCACUAGGGUUCGCGAGGGCUUCAAGUUUUGCCUCUGGGUUCACUCCGUUGGAGCCAAAGCCGCUGGAAUCGAUCAUGGAUGUUGAACGGGCCAAGCAUAAGUCACCCGAGGAACUCGCUUCUGCCUGGGACGAUUAUCACCUGGGGAGAGGUCACAUUGGAGCAUCCAUGAAGGCCAAGCUUUACAAUUUGCUAGUCCAAAGAGCAGCAGACUGCAAGUAUUUUGUCAUCCCAUUGUGGAAGGGAUCUGGCUAUACUACAAUGUUUGCACAAGUGCAAACGCCAUACAUCAUCUUCACGGGUCUUGAAGAUUACAAGGCGAGGGGAACUCAGGCGGCUCCAUACUUUACAGUCUCCUUCUACACCGACUUUGCUGAUAGCAAGGACUUGGUUCUCGUACGAGGAGAUAUCGUGUUCACCAGCAAACUCAGUGACGAAGAGGCACAAUGGCUUUUAGAGACGGCUCAGUCUUUCUAUCUUAAUGACACGAGGUACAAGCUCGUAGAACGAUUCAACAGACAGACUCGCGAUUUCGAGUUCAAGGAUGUUCUCCAGGCACUGAACAUGCCCAUCCUGUGA